AUGAGCGCUGUGUUUCUCCUGCUCUUGGUGUCCACUGCGAACGUUGGUGCCGUGCUGGAAAAGGGUCUGCCGAGACGGGAACCCCGGCGCCUCUCGUGCGUGCGAUGCUGCGGGCCUUCAGAGCAGCCCGUCUCCAUCAUCUCUUCAAGAUACGCAAGGAUGAGCAGUGACCCUGCCUAUUCGGUACCCAAAGUCCAGCCCACUAUAGAUAUCACCAUCCUCAAAGGUGAGAAGGGUGAAAUGGGAGAGAAAGGGUACCCUGGAGCAGUUGGGAAGGAAGGAGAAAGAGGGCUACGUGGCUUUAAUGGACGGAAGGGACAGAAAGGCCAGCCUGGCCCACAAGGCCAUUCCUGCAAGCAGCUCUACGCUGCUUUCUCGGUGGGUCGGAGAAAACCCCUUCAUAGCUCAGACUACUUCCAGCACGUCACUUUUGACAUGGAGUUCGUGAACCUCUACAAGCACUUCAACAUGUUCUCGGGGAAGUUCUUCUGCUAUGUGGCAGGAAUCUACUACUUCAGCCUCAACGUCCACACCUGGAACUUCAAGGAGACUUACCUGCACUUGAUGAAGAACGAGAAAGAGGUGGCCAUCCUCUACGCCCAGCCCAGUGACCGGAGCAUCAUGCAGAGCCAGAGCCUGAUGCUGGACCUGCAGGAAGGAGAGGAGGUCUGGGUGAGGAUGUUCAAGCGGGAGCGAGAAAAUGCCAUCUAUAGUGAGGAGUCUGAUGUUUACAUCAUCUUCAAUGGCCAUUUAAUCAAGCCAGCUGUAGAGUAG